ACUGAACUGAACACCGGUACUGACACUAUGGCAAAGGAUAUGCAAGCCCCACUUUCCCCACUGAAAGGGGGCCAUCGUCCUGCAGUAAAAGCUGGAAGAAUGAGAAUUUCCAAAAAACAAGAAAUUGGCAUCUUGGAGAAACCAACCAAAAAACCAGGAUUAGAGAAAACAAGCCUCAUUGGAAAUGUUGCCAAAAUUCAGACAAUGGAAUCCUUCAGUGACACACUGGAGAAGCUCAGUCAUAAAUUUCCAGCAAUGGUGCACAUGGCACAUCAAAAACCCAGACCUGCUCUGGAGAAGGUCAUUACACCGAAAAGGAUCUACAUUAUUCAGCAGCCUCGAAAAUGUUAAGCCAGGAUGUAAAAUACAGCUGCCUGGCCAACUGCCUCUAACAUCUGACAGCUUAACAGAAAAAGACCAAAACUUUCCAUAGGCCAAAUGUCUUUGCUUGGUAAAUAAAGCAGACCUUGAAGCUUCUCUUUUAAUUUUAGAUAAUAAAAGCAUCAAAAAUUGUAAAUCUU